AUGAUUACUCCUUCUUUUCGUCAAUAUUGCUUUAAACGCUCAUUCUCUUUUUCUCCUGCUCGUCUUCGUGAUGUCCAACGUUUAACCUUCACAGGGAAUUUAGUCCGUGAUGCUGAACGUUUGCAAUCGCAACGAGGUAAUCCCUACAUGAAAUACACAGUUGCUUCCAAUAAUGGAAAGGAUGUGCCUGCUACAUUCCGCACGGUAUUCUUUUUUGAUGACCGCGAAUUUGAUCGUAUGGAAGCUAUCCUCAAAAAGGGAAACCAUAUCUUUGUAGAAGCCAAUACUGUUUAUCGAAAGGCUCCUUCCGGCGAUUCCUCCAACCCCACUCCGUUAUCGUUGAGUCUCCAACAUCUCAAUGUUCAUAUACUAAAGCGAGCUCGCUCCCUUGCCGAAGAAGAGCCUGCUGAAAAAGACACUGCGUUUGAAACUGGACCCCUCCCCAACAGCUUUUAG